ACCCCCCUCUCAAGAAAGUACACCAGAAUUUCCUUUCUGGCUGCAGCAAUUCGCUUGAACCCCUGUUGUAGUCGCUGUAUUUUCAACUCACGAUGAAUUGGACGGUGAAGAGUUUGGUGCUCCCCAUGGUGCUGCUGUGCGUGUGGCGGCUGCAGGAAGGAGCCCAAGCCUGCACGUGUGUUGCUGUGCAUCCACAGACGGCGGUUUGCCAAGCAGAUGUCGUCAUCAAGGCAAAGGUGCUUGCAAAGAAGUACAUUAGUGCACAUGAAGUGAAGUACGACAUCGCAAUAACAAAGAUUUUCAAGGGCCCUCUGAAGUAUUUUGACUGCAUCUACACUCCAGCCUCCUCUGCAGCCUGCGGAUUAGCUUUGACCCGUGGUGUGGAAUAUCUUUUCACAGGCAAUCUUGCGUCUGACGGAUCACUGCAUGUCAUUGUGUGCAACUUGGUUUCCCCCUGGGACAGGCUGAGUGCCUGCCAAAAGGCCAACUUGGGAGGAAGUUAUCAAAAGGGCUGUGAGUGCCAGAUCACUCACACCCACGCCAUCCCGAACAGGGUCAGCCCAGAUGAGUGCUUGUGGACUGACAUCCUGACCCACUCGGGCAACAGAGAGCAGGCUAGACAUUAUGCUUGUCUGAGGAACAGAAAUGGCUUUUGUGCUUGGGUCAGGAGCCCCGCCUGCGGCUUCUACCCGGGCUUUCACGCAUACAGUUAAAGCUCCACCAUGCAAAUGAUGCCAUUUACCAAUAAAGCUUUAAAGAAAGCAA